AUGAAAAAAGAAAAAGAUGGCCGGUCAGACUUCCAUCGACACCCACCCCGUUCAAGCGCCCGAAGGCAAGACCUCGAGAAAUCGGGGUACAGAUCAUCGCCACUCUCUAUACAGCCGCAGCACAAAGGCCAGCGACCGGCAGGUCGAGAGUUAAAAAGGCUCCUCACUGUUGGGCGCCGAGGAUAUCGUUCAUCAACCCGGGUGGGAUCUGUGGCUCCUUUAGGGAACACAAAAGAGGACGACUACUAUAGAAAUGAUUCUCUGAAGUAUUGUCGACAUGAGGAAAAAAAGAAAAAGAAGCAUCGAAACGGAGGGAGGAGAGCACUCAAUUUAUACCCAUCACCGGUGGCCAGUGCACGCAUGCAAAUUUGCACUCGCUCGCACAGACCAUUCUCUCCACCCUGUAAAAAUUCAGGCAUCAAGUGGGACAGAAUGGAUCGCAAACCGUUUUGCUGA